AUGGGCCUCUUCUCCAAAAACAAAGACCAAACAUCCCACUCUCAGCCCGAAGAAAACCAAAAAGAUACCAAAGACAAGAAACCUCUCGCCGAUCCCUCCUACACAUGGGGCAUCACGCCGACCGCAGAACACACGUCCACCGACCCAUACAUGGACAAGAACCAUCCCGUGCAUAAGAUUCCGCUGGAGAAACAAGAGAAGAUGCGCAAGAAAAGAAUCGAUCCCGUGGCCAAAGCGGAGAUGGACGAGGCGUUGAAGGGGGAAGGUGGAUUCUGGGCUAAGUUCGCGGGGACGAGUAUGGGUGGGGGAUGGAUUAAAUGA